UUUGCCCAAUUAAUUCACUAUUAUCAAAUAACCAUUCCCCACAGCUAAUAUACCUUACAAUUUGACAAUUGUAAAUUCUUAUUAGAGUUCCCCUAUUGUUUUUUAAGAGUAUAUUAUCCGAUAGCCUAGCCCUAACGGUGAUCGGUUUAUUUAAAAUUUGGAUUUCAAAGGCCAUACCAGCUCUACCUGUAGUGGGGUUCUUGGACCCAUCAGUAUACACCUGAGUGUAUUCCGGGUACAAUUCCCCCACUUAUUACUUUAAAAAGAAAAUGUGGCGUUAAAACACUGUCCGGAACUAAAAUGUAGAAUGACCUCUAACCGGAAAUGUUUGCAUCAAAGUUCAGCAGUGUUGUUUACGGCGCAGUGGACUAGGGAUAAAAAUCCUCCGAAAAAGUUUCCGGGCCAAGUGUGGAUACUUCGUAACCAGGAAUCCCCACACGCUGGGUGGUCGUCGCUCGUCACGUUCAGACUGCCACAGUGGAAAGGAAUGUUUAACUGGACGAUGGACUACAGGAAAGACGCAGACAUUCGUUCACCUUACGGAAUUUUUAAAAAGCUACCUCAACCGAGAAAGCGAAACUACACCGAUAUUGUCUCGAAAAAGAAGGGUCUGGUCUCGUGGAUGGUAAGUCACUGUGACACCGAAGGAAAGAGAGAGCUCUAUGCUAAGAAAAUGAAGACGUUCGUUCCGUUGGCGAUGUUUGGCGGGUGUGGUGGAAGAGGCUGCCUGCGAAGCCAAGACGAGGCAUGUCUAAGAGAAAUCAACAGACACAAGUUUUACCUGUCGUUCGAGAACGCAUUCUGUCCGGAUUACAUAACGGAGAAGUUUUAUCGUUGUUAUACCAUCGAUUUGGUCCCUGUUGUUCGAGGAGGUGGGAACUAUUCUAGAGAUCUUCCUGAAGGAACGUACGUCAACACGGCCGAUUUCAAAUCAGUUGCCGACCUGGCCAAGUAUCUCAAUUAUCUGGACAAGAACGACGAUAAAUAUAUCGAGUAUCUCAGACGUAAAGAUGAGUACGAGGUGGUGUUUGAUGAUUUUUUUUACUAAGGAUAGGAGAGGUAACGUAAUGUACGCACAUUACCAGUAUGAAAACACGCCAUUGUGUGACGUGUGCAGACGACUGUGGAACAUGCAGAAUUACACAAAAACGUAGUGAUAUAGGGGCGUGGUUUGAUAGUGGACUAUGUCACAAGCCGCCUGACCAAGACCAGUUGUAAUUAGGCAAACCGAUUAAUGAAUUCCAUAAGACAAAUAGACGUAUACAUAGUUGUCUCUAUCAUGAUUAUUAACUUUAAAUUUGAUAAACGGUUGACAGUUUUGUUCAAGUCGAACUUAAUAGUUUCGUUUUUUCGGUUGUUGUUGUUGUUUUAUUUGUUGUUUUUAUUGUUAUGUUAAGUAUUUGAUUUUUACGGUGAUUCAUGAGUGCAUGCCGUCGCAGCUGUAUAUAUUCCAUUGAGCUCUAUUCUGUGCAAGUUUGGGUUUUCUAAGUUAGUCUUGGAGUGGAAGUCCUCCUACAGGCGGUGCAGGAGAGAUGAAACAUCAUAUUACGCAUUCCCUAGGGAGUAGUAAGGAUGCUUACUUUUUCGUGACCUUGACAAUGAUGUGAGUAAAAACCUGACCUUGGCAUACCAGGUCAGGUGCGUGUCCUAUUUCUUGACCAUGGUGUGAG